AUGUCUGCCAGCCAGGGACUUGCCUUUGCAAUAUGCGUCUUACAAAUAGGUGUUCUGAGUGCUGGGCCCACUCUUAGUUUUGCCCCAGAGACCGUACGAGAGAAUGAGACACCGCUUCCGAUAGACUGCAGAAUGAGCUCCUGGGGCGAAUGGUCAGAAUGUGACCCUUGCCUCAAACAAAUGUUUCGCUCAAGGAACAUUGAGGUCUUUGGACAAUUUAAGGGGCAAAAGUGCGUGCAUGCUGUGGGAGACAGACGACAGUGUGAACCCAGUGAGCCCUGCCUAGACCCAGAGGAGGACUGUUGCAAUGACUUUCAAUGUGGCACAGGCAGAUGCAUAAAGAGGCGACUUCAGUGUAAUGGUGACAAUGACUGUGGGGACUUUUCAGAUGAGGAGGAUUGUGAAAGUGAUCUCCGUACUCCCUGCCGUGGGAGAGAAGUGGAAGAAUCUGAACUGGCCCGGACAGCAGGCUAUGGCAUCAACAUCUUAGGGAUGGAUCCCCUAAGCACACCUUUUGACAAUGAGUUUUACAAUGGACUCUGUGAACGAGUUCGGGAUGGAAAUACCUUGGUCUACUACCGCAGACCCUGGAACGUGGCUUCUCUGGCCUAUGAAACCAAAGCUGAUAAAAACUUCAGAACUGAAUAUUAUGAAGAUCAUAUUCAAGUAUUCAAACAAGUUGUCCAAGAGAAGACAUCAAAUUUUAAUGCAGAUAUCACUUUAAAAUUCACACCCACUGAAGCAAUUGAACAGUUCAAAAGUAAACCUCAGGAAACUGUCAAAAAGGAUCUCUCAGGUCUUAUAAAUGCUGAGGGUAAAUUUCGAUUUGCAUAUUCCAAAAAUGAAACUUACCAACUGUUCUUGUCACAUUCUUCAAAGAAGGAAAAAGUGUUCCUGCAUGUGAAAGGGGUAGUUCAUCUGGGAAGAUUUACAAUGAGAAGUCGGGAUGUCAUGCUGACAACAACUUUCUUGGAUGACUUAAAAGCUCUGCCAACUACCUAUGAAAAGGGGGAAUAUUUUGCAUUUUUGGAAACCUAUGGAACCCACUACAGUAGCUCUGGGUCUCUAGGAGGAUUCUACGAACUAAUAUACAUUUUGGAUAAAGCAAACAUGAAAGAGAAAGGUGUUGAACUAAGGGACGUACAGAGAUGUCUCGGAUUUAAUUUGGAAGGUACGCUGAAUGUUGGAGCUGAAAUCACAGGAAAUAUUAAUAAAAACGAUUGUUUAAAGAGGGGUGAAGGUAGAACUGUUAACAUCACUAGUGAUGACCUCAUAGAUGAUGUUAUUUCACUCAUAAGAGGAGGAACCUCAAAAUACGCAUAUGAGCUGAAAGAGAAGCUUCUCAAAGGAGCCAAAGUGGUUAAUCUGGCUGACUUUGUAAAUUGGGCCACUUCCUUAAAUGACGCCCCAGUGUUCAUAAGUCAAAAACUGUCUCCUAUAUAUAAUCUGGUUCCAGUGAAAAUAAAAGAUGCACACCUAAAGAAACAGAAUUUGGAAAAAGCCCUAGAAGAUUAUAUCAAUGAAUUCAAUGUGAAGAAAUGCUACCCAUGCCAACAUGGAGGUACUGUGAUCCUGCUGGACGGAGAAUGUCUGUGUACCUGCCCAAUGACAUUUACAGGAGUUGCCUGUGAAACCAGAAGAAAGCAAGAAACUUCUCAAGUGCCUCCUGCAUUCAAAAUUUCCUAAGACUCUACAGAGGAUGUCAUGGUACAGAGCCCAGAUGUCCCUUCAGGAUUAAGCACCCAUCCCCCCACCUCCUCUGAGUGUCACCUGCUGACAUUUCACAGCUGAGUCUCUCUUCAGGAAUUGCCCUGUAACAAGGAAGUGGCACCCAAGGUUAUGCUUCCAACCUGAAAGAAGCCUGUAUCUGAUUACUGGUCAAUGUGGUUGUUAUCUGAUGGGCCAUCCCUCUUGUGUCAGUUGGACAACUCUGGAGCACCAUUCCAGCGUCGGAGCUCCUCGUAUGAUUUGCUGAAGUCUCUGUUGCAAGAGCAUUACAACUGAACUCCCCCUUGUUCCUAAUUGUGCUCCUCAUACUCCUAACAUAUUUUCUCCCAAACACACUAAUAAAUCUAUUGCAUACAAAA